AGACUCUGAAUGUUAGAAGACGAGAAGAGAAAAAAGAAGUUAGAAUCGAAUCAGAAAAUACUCCACAAACACACGCCUACGCGACCCUCCAUAUUCUUCGAUCCACGCGCUCGCUUCUCCUCUUCCUUUCCAAACAAGCUUGCUAGGGUUUCAUCCGAUCAUGAACUGUGAAGUUUGCCAGCUCAAGGAACUUGAAGUGGAACACUUCGAGAUACGCGAGGUUCUGCGAUGCAUAUUGCACACGGUCGUCUUUCACCGCGCCUUGGGUCUCGUGCGCCCCAAAGAUGUCGACUUGGAACUUUUUGACAUCACUUAUGUACAAUGUGGAGAGGUUGAGCUUGAAAAGAAAAUAGAUGAGAAGAUUGAGCAAUUUGUUUGUUGGGUGGAGAAGCAUCCAAACAAGAAGAGUCAGAUAUGUUUAUCUUUCUAUGAGGUAAAAAACAAACAGGCGUCUUGGUUCAGUAACAAGAUUGAACGCUUGUAUUGGGAGCAGUGGUAUAUUAAUCUGAAUGUGGCUCAGCAUCCGAAGGCACAUUCUAGCAAGUCUCAUCAUUCCAAAGUUGUUGAUCCUGGAGAGGGAGCAUUGGAGGAUAGAAAUGCUCGAAGUGCAGCACUUGAGGCAUCGCUUCGCGAGGUUUUAUUUCAAAUAAUUAAAUUUGUUAACGAGAAGAAAGAUCACGUUCCACCAAUACCAAAUCUCGAGGGUGCAGUUUCAUUUCCCUACGAGAUUACAAUACCUAGUUCGUCAGAUUCGGCAUUUGGGAUGGACAUGAUCAAGAGAAUGCUCCAGACGGGGCAUCCAACAAUGCUAAGUUGAUUGACAGUUUGUAGAGCAGUCUAUGAGGUUGAAUGGAUUCUUGUUCAUGCGUAGGCUGGAAAUCUGGUGCUGAAGAAAGCUUCCAAGGAAGGCAACGUUCAAUCUCUGUAAAUAAAAUCGAAUCUAUAGGUGCAAAAUAACUUGUUUGUCUUUUCAAAUACAAUCGCUUAUUUACAGGGCUGUGUUUAGAAAUUUCAGGGCAUUAGGCGAAAUUAUUUGAAGGGCUUAUUAUAAUAUAAAUUGUCAGUUUUAUUUUUAAUCUUUUAAACUUUUUGAACUGUUAAAUUUAGUAUAAGUUUUUUAAUUAAG